AUGGCCAGCCAGCUGAAGCCACCACCUGGUGGGAAGACUGUCCUCAUCUUCGGCUGCCAAUGUGUGUCGUUCACUAUCGACGACUUCCAUCGUCUCAGGGCCACUGUCCUGAGCACACCAGAGCAUCGCUGGAUCCAAGAUGUUGUAUCGGAGCUACCAGUAUACUAUCGCACGGCAGCCACGACAUACGUCCAGAAACUGCAGAACAUCCCUGGGACACAGCAGCUCCGUGAUUUAACUGAAUGGUUCCGCACGGGAGAGGUGCCGACAGACAGCUUUCCGUUGACGUAUAUCCAACUUGCCCCAAUAUUAAUGAUAACCCACUUUAUGGAAUACUGGCAAUAUCUGCGCCUUGGGCACCCUAAAAGUCCAACAUCUGGCAAUGAGCCAUUGACAGAAGGCUCGGUCGUGGAAAUCGUAGGGUUUUGUAUUGGGUUCCUAAGUGCUGCUGUUGUUUCUGCCGCUAGUAACCAGGAGGAACUACGGAAAUAUGGCGCUGUUGCUCUGAGGCUAGCAACAUUAAUGGGUGCUAUCGGUGAUGCACAGGAGAGGGAAGAGGAGUAUACCUCGCUUGCAACGGUCUGGAAAUCUGCCGACCUUGAAAAAAGGUUGCCGCUAAUUUUGAAACCAUUUGCGGAGUCGUAUAUCACGGUACGCUUCGACGCCAACCGUGCCACUAUCAUGACACCGCGUCAGAAAAUUAAGCAGAUAGAAGAGGCAUUGCAAUCAGCUGGAUUCAAUACUACGCGAGUCGAAUUCAAUGGCAGAUAUCACUGGGCUGGAAAUGAGGAUAUAGUGCAUGCACUGUGCCGAAUGUGUGAUAGCGAUCCAGCCUUGCAACUGCCCGGGCCCUCUCAAUCGGUGAAUCCCACGCGGCCUGGUAUAUCAAUGGACACUGCUCAUCAGGGUCCUCUUCAUGAGUUUGUAUUACGGUCAAUCUUAGCACAGCAGUGUCAAUGGCUUGACACAUUCUGCACAGUGUAUCAGGCUCACCUGGAAGACACUUCAUCAAUCAUCGUUGAAUUUGGACCAGAACGGUGCAUCCCGCCUACAUAUAUGCGCAAGCUACGGGGACGCACUGUGCACUUCGCAGAUCUCGAUCUAAGCCCACUCUCGCGAACUUCGCCUCUACACCAGACACCACGGAGUUACGAUAGCGACAUUGCCGUAGUUGGCAUGGCCUGUCGCGUGGCGGGUGCAGAUGAUUUGGAGGAGUUCUGGAAGUUACUUUGUUCCGGGGAGUCACAGCAUCAAGAAAUGCCUCUAGAGCGAUACCGAAACUAUGAGACACCAUGGAGGCCGGAUGCCAUCAAACCUUGGUUUGGGAACUUUGUCCGGGACAUAGACGCAUUCGAUCACAAAUUUUUCAAAAAGGUGCCACGGGAGGCAAUGUCCCAAGAUCCUCAGCAACGGCUGCUUUUACAAGUCGCCUAUCAGGCCGUGCAGCAGUCAGGGUACUUCCAUCAGCCCGACAUUAACAGGAAUAUUGGGUGCUACAUUGCGUCCUGUACGGUAGACUAUGAACACAAUGUCAAUUGCAACCCAGUUUCCGCAUAUUCGGCAACCGGGCUACUUAGGAGCUUCAUGGCUGGUAAACUGAGCCACUACUUUGGUUGGCGCGGUCCUGCAUUUUGUGUUGAUAGCGCAUGUUCCGGGUCUGCUGUCGCACUUCAUCAAGCGUGUCAAUCUAUAAUACGAGGAGAGUGUACUGCAGCACUGGUCGGCGGUGCUAACGCUAUUAUGAGUCCUUUGGCGUAUGACAAUCUUGCAGGGGCUUCAUUUGUGAGUCCCACAGGACCUUGCAAGCCAUUCGACGCAAGUGCGGAUGGAUAUUGUCGUGGGGAGGGAUUUGCUGCAAUCUUUAUCAAAAAGAUGUCGGAGGCUUUGGCAAGUGGUGACAUUAUCCUGGGAACAAUCGCUUCUACAGCCGUCGAGCAGAACAGUAACUGCACACCGAUCGUAGUGCCCGAUGCGUGUUCUCUUGCAGGGUUGUUCACGCAGGUGACUAGACAGGCACACCUCCAUCCUCGGGAUAUAUCAGUUGUUGAAGCUCAUGGAACCGGUACACAGGCUGGUGAUCCUGCGGAAUACGUCAGCAUCAGAAAGACAUUGGCCGGACCACGGCGCACUAUUCCAUUAGCCCUGGGGUCUGUUAAAGGCCUGAUCGGACAUACUGAAGGUGUGUCCGGCCUGGUUUCGUUGGUGAAGAUCUUGUUAAUGAUAAACGAGGGCAAGAUUCCUCCGCAGCCGAACUUCCACACACUGAAUCGACAUAUUGAAGCAUCUCCGGAUGAUCAGAUGCAUAUCCCAAUGACUCUCAAAGAUUGGACAGGAGGCUUCCGUGCGGCACUAAUCAAUAACUACGGUGCAUCGGGAUCUAAUGCAUCUAUGGUGAUCACGGAAGCUCCUGGUGCGUCCGACCAUCGGAUGUCCUCUUCCACCCAUGCCUCUAGCUUCCCUCUUCCAAUCCGAAUAUGCGCUUCAGAUGACGGCCGACUUAGUGAUUGCACCCACCGGUUGCACCAAUUCCUCCAUCAUCAAGUAAUAUCUGCGGCAUCUGCUACAGACUUUGGAAACCUAUCGUUUAACAUCUGUCGUCAGUCCAAUCCCACACUAGAGUCGCAGUUAGCCUUCUGCUGCUGCUCUCAGUCGGAGCUUGCUUCGAAGUUGUGCUCCAUUAUGAAUGGUGAUGUGACCAACACUUACAGGCUUAUAAAGAGUUCUCGCCCCGUUGUAUUGUGUUUUGGUGGCCAGGUCUCUACUUUUGUGGGCUUGGACCGCACCGUAUAUGAUUCCAUCUGGCUUCUUCGCCAUCACUUGGGGCAAUGUGAUUCCCUAGCUCAGUCAUCUGGAUGCGGUAGCCUUUUCCCUUCCAUCUUUGAGCAGAACCCCAUUACCGAUCAUGUACAGUUACACAUCCAACUCUUUUCCUUACAAUACUCCUGCGCGCGGUGCUGGAUGGAUUCGGGGCUAUCUGUUGCAGCUGUUGUUGGACAUAGCUUUGGCGAAUUGACCGCACUAUGCAUAUGUGGCGCUUUAUCACUUCGCGACGCAAUUACCCUGAUCGCUCGCCGCGCAGCUAUCAUUCGUGAUGGCUGGGGCCCUGACCAUGGCUCUAUGAUUGUAGUGGAAGGAAAUAAGGACGACGUCCUACUUCUCAUAGAUGAUGCCUAUCGAAGGGGCCCUAAACAUAUUGGUCCGGCAACGAUUGCUUGCUUCAAUGGUCCCAGCAACUUUACACUAGCUGGAGCUACGGCUGCAAUUGAUGCCGUUCAAGCAACCCUUAAAGCCCCUUCGUAUGCUAGCCUUAAGGCUAAAAGAUUAUGUGUUACAAAUGCCUUCCAUUCGGGCCUCGUUGAACCUUUGUUGCCAGCCGUCAAGGGUGUUAUGAGUGGGAUAAACCCUCAACAGCCAAUCAUUCUGUGCGAGAGGGCAACACGGAGCUCGUGCACGGCUACAAUCUCGUCCAGCACGGUUGCAGAACAUCUCCGUGAGCCAGUCUACUUCCACCACGCAGUACAACGAUUGGAGGAGAGAUAUGGCCCAUGCGUAUGGGUAGAGGCUGGCUCCAAUUCCACGAUCACGGUCAUGGUCAGCCGGGCUCUUUCCUCGUCAUCGGGACACCACUUUCAAGCUGUGAACAUCACAUCUGGCCGCGGCAUGCAAAGCCUAAGCGAUUCAACGGUCAGUCUCUGGAAGGCAAGCGUAUCAGUAACCUUCUGGGCGCACCAUCCCCGGCAGUCGCGUGACUACGCCCCUAUACUUCUACCGCCAUAUCAAUUUGAGAAAAGUCGGCAUUGGCUUUCAAACAAAAGCCUGCCUGGUCCUUCCCACGAGGUGGGUACCAGACCGGCAAUUGACGCGUCUGCUUUACGAUUUGUCGGAUACCAAGAUAGCCAGCAACUAGUUGCCAGAUUUAAUAUCGACAUUGCUCAUCCGCAGUACCAAGAGUUGAUCGCGGGGCAUGUUGUUUCACACACUGCGCCAGUUGCGCCUGCGUCUUUAAUGCUGGAUUACGUGGUUGAAGCAUUGCGCAGGUUGCCAGAAUGUAAAGGGAGAAUUCCCCAGGUUCAGAAUGUGACGAGCGAUGCACCUCUGUGUCUGGACAUGUCCAGAGAUCUAUGGAUUGAGUUACAUGCGCAGGACACCCAUAAGCAUAUAUGGGAUUUAAGGUACCUGAGUGAACAACGACAAAAGGGGCCACGGUCACAAGUCCUCCACUGUUCUGCCAGAUUCAAUAUGUUUGACCCGCAUGAUGCACAGAUAUGCAGCGAAUUCGCUAGAUACAGUCGCCUGGUGAGCCAUCACCAUUGCACGGAGCUUUUGAAUGAUCCGAAUAUAAGUGAGAUAAUUCAAGGGCGGAAUGUCUACCGGACGUUUGCUGAGAUUGUAGACUAUUCUGAGCCAUAUCGUGGAGUGCAAAAGCUCGUUGGAAGUGAUAAUGAGUCAGCAGGUAGAGUAGUAAAGAGGUACACCGGACAGACAUGGGCGGAUACAUGUCUGUGUGACUCGUUUAGCCAGGUUGGUGGCUUUUGGGUCAAUUGCAUGACGGAUCGGUCACCCUCCGAUAUGUACCUGGCCAGUGGCAUGGAGAGAUGGAUGCGCUCGCCAAUAUAUGCUGACCCUGCUACCCCUCGACCGGACACAUGGGAUAUAUUAGCAAGACACGAGCAAAAAGAUGACUAUUAUACUAGUGAUAUCUUCGUGUUUGAUCCGACAACGGGACAGCUUAUCGAGAUCUUUCUAGGGAUGAAAUAUACGAAAGUGAAGAAGGCAACAUUUUCCAAGAUUAUCGGCGAAUUUAUGCCACGAUGUGCGACACGUUCAUCUGAUGGUGGAAAGCCUCAGCUUGCAGUGUCGCACCCAGCUGUACCGGCCCCAGGAGAUGCUGGAGCCAAGUCCAAGCUUAGCCAGCAGAGUUCGAGGAUUAACCUUACAGCCCGGGUCAAGGCAGUUGUAGCUAAUUUCUGUGCCAUGGACCCUAACGAGAUCACGGAGGACGGUAACAUGGCAGACGCCGGAGUGGACUCGCUCAUGGCGAUGGAACUCGCUCGUGAGAUGGAGGAGGCCUUUCAGUGUACGUUACCUGCCGCAAAUUUGAUGGAGGCAGAUACAUUCCGAGACUUGGUCGAUUGCGUCAAGGCUGCCGUGGGAGAGUGUGACAAUGACGAACAGGAUAAUUCCAACUGGAGUCUAGAGGAUACAAGCUCCAAAGACAGUAGUCCUGAUAGGGACUUCAACACUCCUAACACGGAGCCAGGCACCAGUGUUGCAUCGGAUACUCCAGAUCUAGAGCUACCCUUGCGAAGUGUAUUAGAGGCAUUUGGAGAGACCAAGGCGCUCACCGACCGUUUCCUUGAGGAGAAUAAGUGCAGCGGCCGUAUACAGAUAUUUGCGCCGCUGCAGAUUGAGCUGUGUAUUACGUUAACAUUAGAAGCAUUUGAGCAACUUGGUUGUCACAUCCGCACUGCAUCGCGUGGCCAGUGCCUCGACCGAAUACCGUUCGACCCGCAGCAUCAAGAACUAGUCGACUACCUUUACAAGAGACUUGAAGAAGCAGAACUUGUUCACCUAGACGGCAACACUGUCAUCCGCACAGCCAUACCAGCCCCCAACAAAUCUAGCCUUUCUAUUCUGGAAGAAAUCAAGUGCUCGUAUCCCGAGUAUGCUGGCGCCAGCAAAUUAGCUCAUUUCACGGGCAGUAAGCUGGCUUCUGUGUUGUGCGGUGAACAAGACGGCCUUCAGUUGAUCUUUGGCACCAAGGAGGGUCAGGAACUAGUAUCAUGGAUGUAUGGUGACGAGCCCCACAAUAUUGUGGGAUAUCUGCAAAUGAUAGACUUCAUAAAACGGCUGAUAAAGAAAGUUCCAGUAGCAGGAGCAGAGGUGGGACCUCUCAGAAUUCUAGAGAUGGGAGCAGGUACGGGAGGUGGUACGAAAUGGUUUCUUCCCGUUUUAGCAAAGCUUGACAUUUCGGUCGAGUACACUUUCACCGACAUCUCAACAGCCUUUAUUGCACAAGCCAGACGACGCUUCAAGGAGCAUUCAUUUGUGCGAUAUCGUGUUCAUGAUAUUGAGAAGCCCCCUGCCGAUGACCUCAUCGGCACGCAGCAUAUCAUCAUAGCCAGCAACGCUGUUCACGCUACAUCCAACCUGCAGGAGUCCACGCGAAACAUGCGGGCGGCUUUACGGCCAGACGGAGUCGUUCUGAUGUUGGAGAUGACGCGACCAGCCUUCGCAAUUGAUAUUGUCUUUGGGCUCUUCCGCGGUUGGUGGGUGUUCAAUGACGGUCGCAACCAUGCCAUUACCAACGAACAGCGCUGGGAGGCCGAUAUGCACACGGUAGGCUACGGGCAUGUGGAUUGGACAGAUGGCCAUUCACCAGAGGUAAGCGUGCAGAGGGUCAUCUUCGCCACAGCAACUGGGACGCAAAGUCAACGCUUGCCGCUCGGCAGCCCUAUAGAGAGGGUGCACCCAGAAAGCCAGGCUGAUAACAACGCACGAAACAAAGUAAUUACCGAGUAUAUCCGACGGAGUAUUGAGGAUUUCACUCCGCCCACAGCUUCACGCAGCGGCUUUGAGUCAGAUGGGCAGGUGGUACUAUUGACUGGUGCAACCGGUAGCCUGGGUUGCCAUAUUAUGGCACAUCUUGCCCGACAACAGUCUGUAAGCACAAUAUUCUGUCUGAACCGAACUAAAGGCAAUGACGAGCCAUUACAAAGACAGACAUCCGAACUGAAAAAGCGGGGGAUCUGCUUAGCCGCUCAUGAACUGAGUAAGGUCAAAGUACUGGGGGCAACCACCUAUCACAGCAACUUAGGACUUUCGUCAGAGCAAUAUGACACUCUCAAGACUACUGUGACCCAUAUUAUCCACAAUGCUUGGCCAAUGAAUGGGGCCUCAGACGUAUCAGGCUUUGAGAGGCAAUUCCAAGUGAUGCGUCACCUAGUUGAUCUCGCGAACGACAUUGCAUGCCAUUGUCGAAAGGACUCGGGAGUUAGGUUUCAGUUUGUUUCCUCUAUUGCGACUGUUGGACAUUACCCCUCUAUCACCAGUCAGAGUAAUGUCCCAGAACAAUCAACAAACAUCGAGUUUGUAUUACCCAAUGGAUACAGUGAGGCAAAGUUUAUCUGCGAGCGGAUUCUUGAAGAGACUCUUCAGCGAUAUCCCAAUCGCUUCCAAGCUAUGAUAGUCCGCCCAGGCCAGAUUGUUGGGUGUUCCAGCAGUGGGUGCUGGAAAAUAGCAGAGCACUUCCCAGCCAUAGUCAAGUCGGCACAGACACUCAAGCUACUUCCAGACCUGCAAGGAGCACUCUCAUGGACACCUGUGAACGAGAUCGCCGCCAGUCUGGUGGAGCUUCUGGUCACCGAAAAUACACCCUUCCCGGUGUAUCACUUGGAUAACCCCGUUCGCCAACGGUGGCAUAAUAUGAUAGCCCUUUUGGCCAGUGAGCUUGGUAUUCCCACUAGUAGCAUUGUCCCGUUCUCUGAAUGGAUCCAACGAGUCCGCACGUAUCCGGGAUCAGCAGAAGAUAAUCCAGCACGUCUGAUGGCCGACUGGUUAGAAGAAAACUUCGAACGUAUGUCAUGUGGCGGGGUUUUGUUGGAAACGACAAGAGCGAAGGAGCAUUCCUCGACUCUGGCGAGGGUCGGGCCAGUCAGUGACGAGACCGCUCGGCGGUAUUUGCAUAAUUGGAAGCAGUGCGGAUUCCUGCACUAG